AUGGCGAGAAACAUGAUGCAGUCGUCAGCAGACCGAUUGACGCUUAGAGACAUCAGAAACCUCAUCUGCCUCCUCAUGUGCGCGGACCACCAAUAUAACAAUUACAACUACAAAAACCAGGUAGAAGCGGCCUGGAGCCUUGAGUUUCCUAGCCUCGACUUCAGGACCCGGAAACACCCCUCUCCAUACUCGCUCAAGAGUGGAAUAGAUCACGUUUUCAACGCCGCACCAGCAAAUGCACCGAUCACGCCUCCGUCAUCCGGCCAACGACCCCAGGACACUGCCAGCUCUCGUUUGGAGAAUCGUCAGUCGCCGCCUCCACGGAUCAACCUCCAUCCUGGCUCCAAGGCUGGGCCCUCCAUCCCCGACACCCCACCUUCGUCCGAGGAAGAUUCUCCAGCGAACGAAGACGCUGAUGAGACUGAAGUCCCAGAGUCUCCAUUGGUUGCGCGAGCAUCACGCUGUGGUCGUGCCGAUAGACAUCCCGAUGGCUCAGCCGGAAGAAGGGAGGCGUCCUUGAACGAAAUACCCGCUCCGCUCAUGCGAAUCGAGCAGGCCGCCUCGUCGAUAUUGGACGUGGUCGAAGAAGUAACUGAUGCAUCCACGGACACGAACUCCACAUUGACGCAACCAGAGGCAACCCCACCCUCUGCUCAUGUCGGCGAGCAAAUUCAAGCAUCGGCCGUCGCUGAAGAAGCUACGCCCGUAACGCUAACCGCCACUGACGAAGACACACCGACAAGUGCACCGCAAGCUACGCAGGGAGUAUCAGCUGUGGCCUCUCCAGCGCUGUCUUCAACGCCAGAUCUGGCAACAAGCGAUGGAAGAUUCUCACCUGUUGAUGCAUCGACUUGGGCUCCGUGCACUAUUCGAUCGGAAGUUCUUACACUUUUGCUGGAACCACUACCGAGGCCGCGAGCCAAAGGAGCCAUUUAUGCCGUCAGCGUCAAUGCCGACGAUUCAACUCCGAUGGUCAAGAUAGGCUACACAACACGACCCGUUAGGACCCGGCUGCGGGAGAUUACCAACCAGCACGGCAUUACAUUCAACCGGAACACUGCAUACUAUUUGCCUGGCAUACCACUCCUACAGCUACUCCGCCUGGAAGCUCUGGUCCACGCUGAUCUAGCAUUCUUCCAGCGAGACCUCCGCGUACAGCACGGGAGAGCGCACAGGACGCAUCGCGAGUACUUUGAGGUGGACCUUUCUGUCGCACAGAGGACUAUCAAUAGAUGGUGGGCUAUCAUGAGAGACAUCGGUCUCGAGCCUGGGCAAGACCUGGACCAAGCUGUAGUCGAUGCUAUUCAUGGAAGUCAAGCGCUGGAUGUUGAGGUCGCGGAUGCGGAAGCGACCACCACCGAGCCUGAUGUCUGGCACCGGCUUAACUUGGAUCAUCAGCGACGAGAGCAUGUCUGGAACGUGGUAUUCCGAAGGGAUAGCGGCGGUUUCAGAAUGUACAACGAGAGGUCUGGCGUCACUUGGUUGUUCAUGGCGUUGGUGUUACUCAUGCUUCCGGACGUCCUCAAUUGUCCGCCACGUGUGGUAUACGCUCUAGCCGCAGUGCUUUAUUGGUUGUUCUGGCACUGGAGAAUCGUAUGA